CGCCCCGCGGCCAUCUUGGCGGCUGGAGGCGGUGCCGCAGGACGGAGCGGAAGUGCCUGUGCAGCUUACCGGAUCCCGAGCCGAGCUCUGGCGGCCGCCCUGCCCGCCAUCCUCCUUCCGCAGCCGUGAGGGAGACCGCGGCUCGGCUGCAGCGGAGCUGCGAGUUACAGAAUGUCUGAAGGGGACAGUGUUGGAGACUCUGUCCAUGGGAAGCCCUCAGUGGUGUACAGAUUUUUCACACGGCUCGGACAGAUUUAUCAGUCCUGGCUGGACAAGUCUACCCCCUAUACAGCUGUCCGGUGGGUCGUGACACUGGGCCUGAGUUUUGUCUACAUGAUUAGAGUAUACCUGUUACAGGGUUGGUACAUUGUGACCUAUGCCUUGGGAAUUUACCACCUAAACCUUUUCAUAGCGUUCCUUUCUCCCAAAGUGGAUCCUUCCUUGAUGGAAGACUCAGAUGAUGGCCCUUCAUUACCAACCAAACAGAAUGAGGAGUUUCGUCCCUUCAUUCGAAGGCUUCCAGAAUUCAAAUUUUGGCAUGCAGCUACAAAAGGCAUUCUUGUGGCUAUGGUCUGUACCUUCUUCGAGGCUUUUAACGUCCCAGUGUUCUGGCCGAUCCUGGUGAUGUACUUCAUCAUGCUUUUCUGUAUCACAAUGAAGAGGCAAAUAAAGCACAUGAUUAAAUACCGGUACAUACCAUUCACACACGGAAAGAGGAGAUACAAAGGGAAGGAGGACGUGGGCAAGACAUUUGCUAGUUAGAAGCUGGACUGAAUCUGUCACACGUAUUCAAGAACGGUUUUGAGCCAUUGUAACAAUGCCUUUUUCUUCACAUAAAGUAGUUGAUUAUGAGGAAGUUGAAUUUUCUUUUUAAGAGGAGCCUCAAUGAUUUGUAUCUGAAAUAUCAGGUUCUUGAGGAAACUGGCAUUUAAACCAAAUUGCAUUGAUUUCUUUUUCAGUGAUGUUCAUGUGUUUGAAGUGGACAGAAUUAUAGUGAACCAGAGGCUUGGGAGGCCAGGUGGGUGGCAGCUCAAGGAGCGGGAGGGAGGAUGGGAGUGCAGCAGCCCUGCCUUCCUGACCACGCUGAGGCCACUCCUCUGUGCCAGCCUGCUUCCUACCUGUGAAAACGAAUGUAACACUUUGAGGGUGAUUUUUCACGUAGCUCUGUGGGGUUCUCAUGCCAGUUUCUGAAUCUCAUCUCACUAGAGAUGUUUUUCAAGUUGGCUUCUAUCAUAAUGACUCAAAACUUUGUUCUUAACUACCAUGAUUGCUUUUGAGGGCCUGGAAUUAUAAAUAUAUAUUAUAUUUUAAUUGUUUGAGAUUAUUUUGACACUUUUCCUUUGAUACGCAACAUAUUUUUCUUUUGAUUAAUUUAAACUUGUUCUCAUGCAACAACCUCUCUAAGGAAACAGAACUAGCCAGAACACACAAGGUUUGGGGGUUGUCACAUGGCCUUUUACUUCUAUGGGGAAAACAGAAUCUCUCCGCAUGUCAGAUUUUUUUGAUGUGAUGAAAAUAAUACUCUAAAGAUUUUACUAAGUGACUUUUAAAAUUCCAACUUUAUUAAAGAAAGUGUCCCUUGCUUGUA